GUACUCACGUGGGAGGUACUGUAUUGCACCAUUACAAAAUGGCGUGGAAUGGUAUCUUCAAAGAAGCUGCUACGACAGGAAAACGAGAGCUGACCGUAAAGAAGCAGGCUUUCAGCGACGAAGAUGCAACUGCUAUUGAAACCUGGAAUGAUGAGACGUUGUUUAAAGUGAGAGGCCUGAAUCAUCUUCGUUUAAUGGGGUUCUCUAGUAUGACAAGCUUCAGUCCACAAAUAUCUCAAUUGAAUUCUCUUUUGGAACUCAUUCUAACUAAUAAUGGACUAGAGUCUCUACCAGAAGAAAUAGGUUCAUUAACACGUCUCCGACUAUUAGAUGCAUCUCAUAACCAGCUAAAGCUGCUCCCUCAAUCUUUUUAUAGUCUUUCUUCACUGCAGAAGCUCUUGCUUGCUCACAAUCAAUUGUGCAACGAUUCAUUUCCACCUCAAUCUGCUGGUUCAGGCUCACCACCUUUUCCUAGUCUGCAGUACAUUGAUAUGUCACACAACGAAAUGGAGGAACUGCCAGAGUUUGUCUAUCAGUCUGUGAGUGUUCUGGAAUUGUUAUCUCCUCAUAAUAAGAUCCAGUCUCUCUUGAGUGACGUAUCAAAUUUAUCAAAUUUGAAAACACUUGAUUUGACUCAUAACUCGAUCAUAUUUUUACCGGCAGAGUUAUCGCAGUGUGCAAAACUGAGAUUCAUUUCUUUUGAUGACAAUCAAAUACAGGACAGGAGGCUAGUUAAAAUAUUGAACCAGUUUGGAGAGACUAAACCAAAAGCUGUUCUCGACUACCUCACAUCAUCCAAGACAGGUAAAGGAGGAGGAGGGAAAGGGAAAAAGAAAAAGGGAGGAGCCUCAGUUGAAGAUACUCCUAGCGAGAUAGUCCAUGCAAGAUAUAUCAUUAAGAUAGUGAGACCAGAGCAGUAUGUGAUGAUUAAAUCAAUGAAUGCUGCUAGACAAGUCAGACCUUACCUUGUAUGUGCUGUUAUUAGAAACUUGGCACUGGAUGAAGAUGGAGCAUUAAGAGCUUUCAUUACAUUGCAGACUAAACUACAUGAAACAGUUUGUAAGAAGAGACGUCUGGCUACUAUAGCAACCCAUUCACUCUCAUCUCUGUCUCUACCUCUCUCAUAUCAAUGUCGCUCUCCUGAUAGGAUCAAACUCCAACCACUUGACUGGGACAAAGAAGUAACUGUGAGACAAUUCAUUUCUCAUUUGAAAAGCAACAAACCAGAUAGAGCCAGAGAAGGCAGCAAGCCUUAUAGUGUUGAUGUAUCAGCCGCUCAUCUUAGCAAAUUCCUUCCAUUGGUUGAUUCAAAUCUAAUGGUAUACUUAUCUGAUAGCAGUGGAACUGUGUUCUCUCUACCUCCUCUAACUAAUUCAGAACCUUCAAAAAUUACAGAGGCUACUAGAGAUGUCCUUGUUGAAGUGACUUCGUCAACUUCACUAAGUGAUGCCAAGCAGGCCAUGAGUGCUUUAUUGUUGGAAAUGAUUGAUAAUGGUUUGCAUUCCGUAUCAACAGAUGUAGAGGAAGCAGCUACUCCAAAAGGUCCCCCACAGUUGAUUGUUGAACAAACUAAAGUGAUCGAUGAAGCUGAUAAAUUAUUAGUCAUGUAUCCAGCUAGGCCUGAUCUUAUACUGGAUAGUGCUACUAAGAUUGAUGUUAUGAGACCAGUAUAAGUGAUUACAUGAUUAUUAUUCUCCUUAAUAAUUAUAAUAAUUUUUUUGUUAAUAAUAAUAAUAUUAUUAUAGAACUUGAAGUAAUAUUGUUGUGUUUAUGAUCUACACUAAUGUA